ACUUUGACAGUCUUCUCAUGCUGCUUCUGCCACCUACUUGAUCAGAAGACACCGUUUCAACUUUAACCCAGCAUGAUAGAAACAUACAACCAACCUUCUCCCCGGGCCGUGGCUACUGGGCUGCCUGUCAGCAUGAAAAUUUUUAUGUAUUUACUUACUAUUUUUCUCAUCACCCAGAUGAUUGGGUCGGUGCUUUAUGCUGUGUAUCUUCAUAGAAGACUGGAUAAGGUAGAAGAGGAAGCAAGCCUUCGUGAGGAUUUUAUAUUCAUAAAAAAGCUUCAGCGAUGCAUCAAAGAAGAAGGAACCUUACCCUUGAUCAACUGUAAGGACCUGAAAAGGCAAUAUGAAGACCCUGUCAAGGAUAUAAGGCUAAACACGGAAGAGAAAAAAGAAAACAGCUACGAAAUGCAAAAAGGUGAUGAGGAUCCUCAAAUUGCAGUACAUGUUGUAAGUGAGGCCAACAGUAAAACAGCUUCUGUUCUGCAGUGGGCCAAGAAAGGAUAUUAUACCAUGAAAAACAACUUGGUAAUACUCGAAAGUGGGAGACAACUGACUAUUAAAAGACAAGGACUCUAUUAUGUCUACACCCAAGUCACCUUCUGUUCUAAUCAGGAACCUUCGAAUAAAGAUCCAUUUUUAGUCAGCCUCUGUCUGAAGUCCACCAGUGGAUCUGAGAGAAUCUUGCUCAGGGCAGCAAACACCCACAGUUCCUCCAAACCCUGUGGCCAACAGUCAGUUCACUUGGGAGGAGUAUUUGAAUUACAAGAAGACACCUCUUUGUUUGUCAAUGUGACUGAUGCAAGCCAAGUGAUCCACGGAAUCGGCUUCACAUCUUUCGGCUUACUCAAACUCUGACCAGUGUGCUGUCCUAGGCUGCAGCAGGGCUGAAGCUGACAGUCUUCCCUAUACAGCAAAUCGUUAGGACCCGCCCCUGUUGAACUGCCUAUUUAUAACCCUUGGACCCUCCUCAUGGAGAACUAUUUAUUAUGUACCCCAAGGCACAUAGAGCUGGAAGAAGAGAAUUCCAGGGCAAGCAAAAUCCUAACGGACCCUGCUCCCUAAGAGCUUAUCAUCAGAAACAGCAACUCUACUGAUGCAUCCAACCAGAGAGCCCUAGGAAAAGACAAAGCCAUAAUGCACAGAUGACAGAGCUCGGAUGAAACAGUAGAUAAUUGACCAAGCCCAGUUGUGUUGCUUUAUGAGUGUGUCUUUCAGUGGACAAUGCACUUGACUUACCAGGAAAGAUACAGAAGGGCAACUGUGAGCCUUAACUCACAAUCUGUUAUGGUUGACUUGGGGUCUCUGUGGCCCCAAUAGGCCAGUUUCUAAAGUCUCCCAGGGAGAACUGAGAAACUCUGCCUCCACCUUCCCCCCAUACUCAACACUCAGUCUUUCAAUCUCUCCAGUCUCUUUUCUCUCUCUUUCUCUCUUGUGCGCGUGCAUGCACACACACACACACACACACACACACACACACACACACACA